GUCACACACUUCUUCAUUUCACCUUGUACAGAAGACCACUGUCUGUCUUCAGCCGUCUAUGGAAAUGCAAGCUCAAGGGAAGAGAGCGGGACGGAGUGAGGAGAACCUCAUCGGGGCAGCUGAGUCUGGCAUAGGAUGCUGCGGCUGGAUAUUGGUGAUCCUCUCCUACCUGAUGGUAAUCGUCACCUUCCCAAUCUCCAUAUGGAUGUGCAUUAAGAUUGUUCAAGAGUAUGAACGAGCUGUCAUAUUCCGACUUGGACGAAUAGUAUCUGGCAAAGCAAAAGGCCCAGGAAUUUUCUUUGUGCUGCCCUGCACGGACUCGUUUAUUAAAAUUGACAUCCGAACUAUUUCAUUUGACAUUCCUCCUCAAGAGAUUCUCACCAAGGACUCAGUGACCAUCUGUGUUGAUGGAGUCGUUUACUACCGGGUACAAUCUGCUGUCUCAUCAGUUGCUAAUGUUACGAAUGCAGAUUUGUCAACACGCCUGCUGGCACAGACAACCCUAAGAAACGUCCUCGGCACAAAGAACCUCUCUGAGAUCUUGUCAGACAGAGAAGAAAUCGCACACAAUAUGCAGGCGACCCUUGAUGAAGCAACUGACAACUGGGGAAUUAAAGUUGAACGUGUGGAAAUUAAGGAUGUCAAACUGCCCAUUCAAAUGCAGAGGGCAAUGGCUGCAGAGGCAGAAGCUGCCAGAGAUGCAAGAGCCAAGGUUAUCGCUGCUGAGGGAGAGAUGAAUGCCUCGCGAGCCCUAAAAGAAGCGUCCUUAGUCAUUGCAGAGUCUCCUUCAGCUCUCCAGCUGCGCUACCUUCAGACUUUAACCGCCAUUGCAAGUGAGAAAAAUUCAACCAUUAUUUUCCCCCUGCCAAUGGAUGUUCUACAACCUUUCAUGCCUGAGAGGAAAUAACUGAGAGAGAGAUCUGUGGAAAAAGUGAAGUGAUGAAUUUGGAUAAUUUUAGUAUUAUAUUGAAAAAUAGUUGAGAAAGUCAGUUUUUGAUGAAAAUGUGAAAAUUGCUAUAACUGAGAGAAGUAUGAACUAUAAAGUCUAAACUCAAUCUCUUUCUGUAUUUUCCACACAUACUGUAAAGGCCUUAUGGUGACACAUUGAACAUGUCCUUCCUAAAGUGGUUAGACUUAUUCAGAAUUUCCACAAAAUUAUUUUUGGAAGCAACUGCAUGUCUAUUCACUUGUGGUUUCUACAUUUGUAUUUUUCUUUUACAUGACAGCAUCCAUUUCUAAAAUUUUGCUGCAGCACUUCAUUCAUAAAUGAUGAGGUGCUGGAGCUCAUAGUAACUGAGAGGAAUGAAGGAGAGACAAGAAUGCCAGUUUGGGCAUCAGAGAGCAGUGCUGUUAAAAUGAAAUUAUACAAUCAUCCUAAGAAAUCUAUGAAAUUAGAGAAAUAUGGUAAAGGGUGGCGCAUGAAAAACCGAACUGUCUCCGACCGGCUGGCUCGAGCUGUUAUACAGGUGGGUGCCGUCGCAACAUGAAUGAAGCGACA